AUGGGUGGAUCCUCUUUUGAAGUUGAAUCAGUUUCUAACAUACUCAGUUGUAAGACUCUUACUCUUCUCAAGUUGACGUGCCUCGUGAUUAAAGAAGACAUUCCUCAAAUAAGUGUUUCUUCUAUCAAAACUCUUCAUUUGGAUAAGAUUCUUUUUAUGAGUCAAGAUAGGCUCAGUUUUUUCUCAGUCUUUCCCAAUCUAGAGGAUUUGCAUGCAAAUGAUGUAUUUGUAGUUGGUGGGAGGCAAUAUAUUCCACAAACAGAGGAAAUCAAAGCAAUGAACAAAUGUUUGCCCAAACUCGUGAUGGCUAAUGCUGGUAACAUGGAACUUAUUCCUUUCUUCUCCGUUUCCCGGGAACUCAUUCUCAAUGUAGACCAGACGCUGCGCUACGUCAUGGUCCAAGUCCCUAUCUUUUACAAUCUUACUCAAUUGGAACUAUUAUUUAACUUUAACGAAAGUUGGAAAGCAGAGUGGAAGUGGAGGUGGACAAUAAAAAUGCUUCAACACAGUCCCAAGCUUCAACAUCUUAUCAUUCAUCAGAAAAAUGAAAUUGGAACGGAUGAGAAUAAUUGGGAGGAACCAAAUAUUAUCCCCGAGUGCCUUUCAUCUGAACUCAAAACUUUCACUGCGGUUGCGGCUAUUGCGGUUGUUGCGAUGCGGAAUGCGGUCAUUGCGGCGUGA